AGGGCGGGACAUGCCUUCGCUAUCCUAGGAAACGCGAAUUCGCCUGCACGAGGAUACUCUUGGGUCGAAGUGUAGUUUUAAAUCAUAAAAUCAUCAUAAAAAGCGAAAAUCAAGGGGGACAUAACGUUACAUUAUUAAAUUAACGCAUACACCCGGACUGCAUUGAUUGGAAACAUAAAGAAUGCUUCGCUCUGACGUCGAACACCAGCAAAGAGAAACAGAACAGGACAACGCGCGUGGACCCUAAAAAGUGCUUCUGAUGGCUGGUCAACUCCUCAAAGUAUCCUCUCUGGCCACAGCAGUGUUUGCCUCCUCUGGGUUUUACCUCUACAACAGACAGCUGAACCUCAAUGACCUGACUGUCAUUCGCUUCGGGCGAGCUGCAGCCACCACGGCGGUCAUCAGUUUCAACUAUCUGACUGCCUUUAAACAUGUGGAAUAUGGCACAGAGGAGUACUGGGCACUCAGGUCCAAGGUGCAUCUGAGGUCGGCGGAGCGUCUUCGAGACUUGUGCUGUGCCAACCGGGGUACUUUUAUCAAGGUGGGCCAGCAUCUUGGUGCUCUAGACUACUUGCUGCCUCAGGAGUACACAUCCACACUGAAGGUGCUCCACAGCCACGCUCCUCAAAGCAGCAUGGAGGAGGUCAAGCAGGUCAUUAGAGAAGACCUCAGCAAGGAGCUGUCAGAGUUAUUUGUCUCCUUUGAAGAGAAGCCUCAGGGUGCAGCCUCCUUAGCCCAGGUCCACAAGGCAGUGCUGCAUGAUGGGAGGACAGUGGCCAUCAAGGUCCAACACCCUAAAGUCCAGAGACAGAUGUCCAGGGACAUAGCGGUGAUGGAGGUGCUGUUGAGGGCGGUCCAUUGGCUCUUCCCAGACUUUGCCUUUAUGUGGUUGGUGGAAGAAGCCAAGAAGAACAUGCCGCUAGAGCUGGACUUCCUUAAUGAAGGACACAAUGCUGAGAGGCUGGCCAAAAUGCUGGCCCACCUCCCCUUUCUCAAGAUUCCCAUCAUCCAUUGGGAUAUGUCAACAAAGAGGAUCCUGACCAUGGAGUUUGCUGAAGGGGGGCAGGUCAACGACAGGGACUACAUGAAAAAACACAGCAUUAAUGUCAACGAGAUCUCAGAGAACCUGGGUAAGAUGUACAGUGAAAUGAUCUUCGUCCAUGGCUUUGUACACUGUGACCCACACCCUGGCAACGUGUUGGUCCGAAAGUGUCCCCAGAGCAAGAAGACAGAGAUCAUCCUGCUUGAUCACGGCCUUUAUCAGGUCCUGCAGUCAGACUUCAGGUUGGACUACUGUCGGCUGUGGCAGGCUCUGAUUAAAGGUGACAUGUCCGGGGUGGAGCGUUACAGCCUCAGACUGGGAGCUGGAGAUCUUUACCCUCUGUUUGCCUGCGUGCUCACCGCUCGCUCCUGGGCAGCCAUCAAUGUCGGCAUCAGUUCUGUGUCUGUCACACACUCUGAGGAUGUUGAGAUACGGACCAAUGCGGCUCUAUACCUCCCACAGAUCAGCGAGCUGUUGAAUCGAGUGCCCCGGCAGAUGCUGUUGCUGCUGAAGACCAACGACCUGCUGAGGGGAAUUGAGACGACCUUACAGACCAGAGCCUCCUCCUCGUCCUUCAUCAACAUGUCCCGCUGCUGCAUUCGUGCCAUGGCCAGGCAUAAGAGGAGUAAGGCUCAGUCCAGGAGGAGGCAUCUACAGAUCACACUGGCAGAGUCUCUCAACCUGUGGAGACUCACUAUGUAUGAACUGCUUCUGUGGGUGAAGGGCUCCACGUUGGGUCACUGGCUCACUGCUCUGCUGGCAUUUCUGCACUGAGACACAUCUGGACAUUGCACUGGGACAUUAACAACAGGCUGGCUGUUGUCUCUCAAGGGUUUUGUAAUGCACUGCAGUUUAACACAUUUUGAAUAUGUGCUCAAACACCCACACACACACACACACACUAAAGAUCCACUUCUGUUAAUAUGUUAAUAAUACAGUAUAUAAUAUAUAUAUAUAUAUAUAUAUAUAUAUAUAUAUAUAUAUAUAUAUAUAAGGUCUAACUAAAUACAAGUGUAAGGUGUGGAAAUCAGUAACACCAGUAGUGUUCAUGUGGAUGUGUGUAAAAUGUGUGUAGGAUGCUGUAAUGCAAAAAGGAACAGAACUUUUAUUUCCUGUUGACCCAGGUGCUCCAAAUUGCACUGCAUCAGCUGAUACCUUUUUUUUUUUUAACAUAGUUUUGUGUAAGUCAUACACAAAGGUACCAGAGUGCACUGACAAGCAUGCAACAGGUGCAGGUGGUCACAGGAUGCAAUUCACCUUUUUCUUUUUGUCUCAUGACCAAAUAGGCAAAUUCAGGCACACUAUGUACCAACAACGUGAUGAAGGCUGCUGCCCUCAUGAAGAAAAAAUCUAUGUGAGAGGACUUUUUGACUUUUAGUCACUGUAGAUCUGAACUGUAGUGUUCCUGCCUGGAUGAUGUUAGAUGUUUCAGUCUCUUUAUUAUUAUAAAUUCUAUAAGUGUUGUCACUCUGAUCAGAAAUAGUUAUUUCUUUUUUUUCUUAACAGCUGCUCCUGAGACAAAAUUUGGCAGGUAGUUGCGCACCAACCCCAAUUUGUGACACAGUCAGUUAGACUGUGAUUGGUCUAAAAGUUAACACAACUGAUUUGUGGCUCUGCAUAAAGGUUCUUCUCUCUGGC